ACUGAGAAAGCCCGCUAAAGGUCUGCAUGAUGCCCCCCCAGACGGACAGACCGUCCUACAAAUCUCCCCCCGUUGUUUGCAGCACGUUGAUUCUCCAUUACGCUGUUGCCCUUCUUCUCCUGACACACUCGCAUCAAGGUCAGUCUCAGGCGAUUGGUCAACCUCAGCCAAUAGCGGCAUUGGUCGGCAAUGACAUCACUUUGCCAUGCCAUGUGAGACCGGCCACGGAUGCCGUUAACCAGAUGGUGGAGUGGUCAAGACCGGACCUGAACCCCAGGUUUGUCCAUGUGAGGCGUUCCGGGGACGACCGACUGGUUGACCAGAAUCCGUCCUACGUGGGAAGAACAUCGAUGUCCAUCGAUGGACUGAGACAGGGAGAUGCUUCGCUGACGCUCUCCAGACUGGAGCUCUCUGAUGAAGGAACGUACAGAUGCUUCAUUCCAGGGUUGACAACAGAAUCCAGUGUUCAGCUUGUUGUUGUAUCAUCCCCUGUCAUCAAGAUAACCGAACUCAACAGCGGCGUGCUGCAGUGUGAGUCUGAGGGCUGGUACCCAGAGCCUGAGGUGUCGUGGCUGGACGCUGAGGGAAACCUCCUCUCUGCUGGACCUACAGAGACCGUCAGAGGUCCUGAUGAUCUCUACACUGUCAGCAGCAGAGUGACUGUGGAGAAGAGACCCAGCAACAGAUUCACCUGUAGAGUCCAGCAGAAGGACACCAACCAGACCAGAGAGACACACAUUUAUUUCCAGAUGAUUUCUUCACGGAUCCAUCUGGUUCUGGUUCUGGUUCUGGUUCGACUACUGUCAUCAUCGGGUUGGUUGUUGGUGUUCUGUUGA